UUCAUAGGAUAGUCUAUGCCUGAUUUCAACAGAACAAAAUGGAUAAACCGUCCGCAGGAAUGAGUAAAGUUGGCUCCCGGUCGACAGCCUCUCUCCCCCCGGAGCCUGUGGAUAUAAUCCGGAGUAUGUCGUGCUACCGGCGUGUCAAGCUGAAUGUUGGGGGUCUGCCGCACGAGGUCCUGUGGAGAACAUUGGACCGACUGCCGCGAACUCGUCUGGGGAAGUUACGAGACUGCAAAAACCAAGAAGCCCUCAUGGAAGUAUGCGAUGACUACAACCUAGACGACAACGAAUACUUUUUUGACCGGCACCCCGGGGCGUUCACGUCCAUACUAAACUUUUACCGUACAGGAAAGCUGCAUAUGAUGGAGGAAAUGUGUGCCCUGUCCUUCAGCCAGGAGCUGGACUACUGGGGGGUGGAUGAGAUCUACUUGGAAUCGUGUUGCCAGGCGCGGUACCACCAAAAGAAAGAGCAAAUGAACGAGGAGCUCAAACGGGAGGCUGACACUCUGAAGGACCGUGAUGGCGAAGAGUUUGACAAUACGUGUUGUUCAGAGAAACGGAAGAAACUCUGGGACCUACUUGAGAAGCCUGGCUCAUCUGUAGCAGCCAAGAUCUUGGCCAUCAUCUCUAUCCUAUUCAUUGUACUCUCCACAAUCGCUUUGUCCCUUAACACCCUCCCGGAACUGCAAGACACAGACGAGUUUGGUCAGACUACAGAUAAUCCCCAACUGGCUCAUGUGGAGGCUGUGUGCAUUGCUUGGUUCACCAUGGAGUACCUUCUUCGCUUCCUUUCAUCACCAAACAAAUGGAAAUUCUUCAAAGGUCCCCUGAAUGUCAUUGACCUGCUGGCUAUCCUACCAUAUUACGUAACCAUAUUCUUGACAGAGUCCAACAAAAGCGUCUUGCAGUUUCAAAAUGUACGGCGGGUGGUACAAAUCUUUCGAAUCAUGCGAAUUUUGCGCAUCCUGAAACUGGCACGUCACUCCACUGGGUUGCAGUCACUGGGCUUCACGCUGCGACGGAGUUACAAUGAGCUGGGCCUGCUAAUCCUCUUCUUAGCCAUGGGUAUCAUGAUCUUUUCCAGCCUAGUUUUCUUUGCCGAGAAGGACGAGGAUGAUACCAAGUUCAAGAGCAUUCCUGCCUCCUUCUGGUGGGCAACUAUUACCAUGACCACAGUGGGAUAUGGGGACAUUUACCCUAAGACACUUCUGGGAAAGAUUGUUGGUGGUCUCUGCUGCAUAGCAGGAGUGUUAGUCAUUGCCCUACCCAUUCCCAUCAUCGUCAACAACUUCUCUGAAUUCUACAAGGAACAGAAAAGACAAGAGAAGGCUAUCAAGAGACGUGAGGCUCUUGAGCGAGCCAAACGCAAUGGCAGUAUAGUAUCCAUGAAUGUUAGAGAAGCAUUUUCACGUGGUGCAGAGCUUUUGGAUGUGGUGGUCAUGGAUAAGGGUGAAAGAACCCAGGACAACCAUCUGUCACCCAGUCGGUGGAAGUGGUCAUCUAAACGGGCAGCAUCUGAGACCAGUUCAAAUCGUUCCUUCAACCCAGACCAAGGUUCCCCGAGCAAGGUGAUGGCCUCUAGUCCACAGAGGCUUAAUCCACAGAAACUGGAAGAAAUGUACAACCAGAUGGCUAAGACUCAGUCACAGCCCAACCUGAACACCAAAGACAGAAACUCAUCCCGGGCAGGAAAUAGAAGGGAUGAGAUUGAGCUAGGAGCCUUGCAAGGUCAAGGUGGUGACCCACUGAAUGGCGGUCGCGAAGGGGUGGUGGACAUGAAAAGUCUGUCCAGCAUUGACAGUUAUAUCAGCUGUGCAACAGACUUUCAAGAGAACCCACGAUUUCCCUACAGUCCGGCAGGGGGCUUGUCCCUCCCAGAAAGCUCUCGAUUCUCCCACAGCCCUGGUUCGGGCCUCUCCGGUCGGGUCAGUGCAAACCCAAGCCUGCAGACCACCUUGGAGCAUGAGACAAUGCUUACACCACCUUGUUCUGGUGCUAAACCUCUUAACACAGAUGGUUCACGACAACCAGGUCUGCUUGGAAGCUCUCAGAAAGUGCAUUCGGUUAGGGUGAAUCAUCGCAAUUUUGGGGAGACCAGCCUAUCGGGCGGUCCUCUAUCCAACAGCUCUCUUCUCUCUGACCUCUCCAUACUAAGUCCAGAGGUGUCAGUCUACACAACAGCCAGCAGCAGGACUCCACCUAAGACACCCGAAAGGAAGGCACUCACCCCUGAGGUCUUCACCUUCCACGAUGCAUCUAUCAACAAGUACAUCGAUGCCGACACGGACGACGAGGAGCACUUGCGUGAGGGUGGCCCAUCAGAUCGUCUGCUGGGUGGCCUGAGCUCCAAGCCUCAUCUUGGUGGUUAUCAGGGGGGCACCAACCACUUAGAAGCUGCCCAGAAGCUGCUAGGUCAGAACUGCCUAUUCCCAUUGGGAAGUAGCCCAAGAGAUGGUCACGAGAACCAUGUGGCUUCAGAGAAGUUGAGGAGGCCCAAAGGGGACAGGGGACAUUCCAACACUUUUGAUAAGGGCCUCUGA